AUGAAUAAUGAAAAAUAUAAUUACAGUUUGGGAAUUCAUAUAUAUAAUGAAAAAAAGAGCAAACGACGAUGGUUUGGAUUAAAACAAAAAGUAGCGUUAAAAGAGGCGGUGGGAUGCAUGCUAAUGUCAUCAUUGGUGUUGUUUGUGAAGCUAGGGUCGGUGGAUGUCAGUCUUUUGGUAUUGGUGCCGGUGAUAUAUGUAAUGCUGGCAUUCAACAUCUCGUCAUUGGCAGCACUGAUAAGUGGCAGUGUUUUAGUUUGGGCAAUUUCGAUAUCGUCAUUAUACAUAUACAUUUUACAAUUAAUUUUAGAUAAAAGUGGUGUAUUCUGGAUCGGUUAUUUAUUCAACUUUUUCUUCACAUUCAUUCUCUACUCGUUGAUGGCAGGUCGUAGAUGGAUAAAUUUAUUCGCUUGCAAAAUGAUGAUAAUCGAUAUCAUUUGUGUCAUCUAUUUCAACGGUGGGGCAGAUCCGUAUCACAUGAUUUGGCAAUUCCUCAUACUGUUUUUCCUUGUGUUUGCAGUUAUCAUUCUUUGUGGUAUUUUCCUCUUCCCAUGGUUAGCAUCACGUAUUUUCCUUACAAAAACAAUUAAAACAUUAAAUAGAACAAAUCAAUUCUUUAGAGCAGUCGGUUAUCAAAUGGAAGUUAAAUUAGAUAUGGAUAAAAUUUCACCACAAUCACAACGUAAAAAAGAUAAAGAUAAUAAUAAUAUUGGUAAUCAUCGUAAAUCAAAAUCAUUCAUUCAUCCAAUUUAUUCACCACAAUAUGUAAAUAGCCAACAACAACAACAACAACAACAACAACAACAACAACAACAACAACAACAACAACAACAACAACAACAGCAACAACAACAAAAUAAUAAUAAUAAUAAUAAUAAUAAUAAUAAUAAUAAUAAUAAUAAUAAUAAUAAUAAUAAUAAUAAUAAUAAUAAUAAUAAUAAUAAUGGUGCAAAUAAUGAUAAUAAUAUGGAUAUUAAUGAAGAUAAUAAUAAUAAUAAUAAUUUAUCACCAACAACAUUUACAAAUACAUCAACAAUUAAUGAAGAAAUUGGGUCAAAUGCAUCAUCAUCACCAUCACAACCACCAAGGGAACAGUUUCAAGAAUUGAAUCAUAUUAAUGGUGGUGGUAUUGGUUGUGGUAUUGGUGGUCAAACUAUUACAUCAGCAUUUAAAAUACCAACAAAAGAGGAUUUAAUAGCUAUGGAGGGUAAAUUGGGUGAUCAAAUAUUUAGAUUAUCAAUUAUACUUGGUGAAUGUAAAUUAGAGAGAUGGAAUGCAACAUUAGUAUCACAAUAUGAAAUUCUAUUGGCAUUAUUGGAGGUAUCACAAAAACAAUUAAUAACUAUUAAAUUAUCAAUUGAUGAAGGAUUUGAAAUUAAAACUAGACAAGAGAUGAUUUUACCAAUGAUUCCAUUCAUUGAUUCAAUCAUUGAAGAAGUUCAUUUACAAAUUAGUUUAUUAGUUGAUAUUUUAUCUUCGAAUGAAAAAUAUGAUUUUGAGAAUCCAUCAACCAAUAAUAAUAAUAAUACAAUAAAAGAAGAUAUUAAAUCAAUUUCAUAUAAACGUAAAAUCUUAGAAAUGUCAUUUGAAGAAACUGAAGAAUUAAUUACUAGUGCAAAGGAAUUUUAUAAAACUUGUGUUAGGGAAUAUCAAAGAUCAGAUAGAUUAUUAUUUCAUGAAUCUGAAAUCUCUAAAGUUCAUUUCUUUUUAAUUGGUAUUUUCUCAUUUGCAACAAGUCAAAAAAGAAUAUCUGAAGUUGUUUUCAGUGUUAAAAAAUAUCAACGUCAAGAUUAUAUCAUCAUUGAAUUGUUACGUUAUGGUGUUUGGUUCAUUUUAACAAGUUUUCCAUUACAUAUUUAUAAACGUGUUAUUAAAAUUAAAAAUUUAAUUAAAUUUGAAUUAAAUGAAAGAAAACAAUAUAAAGAUUAUUUAAAACAACAAAAAGAAAAAGAAAAAGGAAAAGGAAAAGAAGUAGAGGGACAAGGAGCAGAAGAGGUAAAAGAGGAGCAUAUUAAUCAUAGUGAUAUUGAUAUAAAUGGUGAGAUUAAAAAACCAAUAUCAACAUUUGUAAAAUUUUGGAAAUUUACAAUUAAUUGGUUUUGGAAUGUAUUUUUUGCUAAUAAAAGAUGGGUAUUUCCAUUUCAAGUUGCAGUCGGUGUAAUUGCUAUGAUUAUUUUAUUUCAUUAUUAUGAUGGUAGAACUUAUCAUUCAUUAAAAGUGAAUGGUAUGUGGACAUGUAUUACAACGGUAAUUGUUUUCUCACCAAGUCUUGGUGCAACUGCAACAAGAGCAAUUCAUAGAAUGAUGGGUACGAUUGCUGGCGGUUUCAUAGGAUUCUUGGUAUCUUGGUUAACUAGCACAAUGAAUAAUGAGGGUAGGGAAGUGGUUUUAUUCAUUUGUACGUUCAUUUGGAUAUUUUCAAUAUCACAUAUUCAACAGGAUCCACGUUAUUCCUAUGCUGGCUCUGUUUCAGGUUUAACUUUUAUUAUGGUUGCCUAUGGUCAAUAUCUAUCAAAAGAUUAUACAGUUAUGUAUGCUGUUAUGAGAUGUUUAUUCAUCACUGGUGGUAUUAUUUGGGUAUUAAUUCUAUCAUUAGCUAUAUUCCCUUUCUUCACUUUUAAAUCUACUACUGAAAAAGCAUUCAAAUCAGCUUCAUCCAUAACAAAUACUUUUAUCACUAUCCUUGAAAAUAGUAGUAUAAGUGUUUAUUCAUUUGAACAAGAAAAAUCUCAAAAAGAACAAGAAAGAUUACAAAUUUUACAACAACAACAACAACAACAACAACAACAACAACAACAACAACAACAACAACAACAACAACAGUUUGAAUUGGAUGAAAAAGAAAAAUUAAAACCAAACCUUACUUCCACUACUGACAUUUUACCAUUGCAAAUGGAAGAAGAGUGUCAAGCUAUUGUGGGUGGAAGUAGUCCAUUACAAAAUGGUUUUGAUCAACAACCUAAAUCCCCAAUGAUUACACCUUCACCAUCCCCUUCAUCAUCAUUACCACCAACACAAAUGACAACAACAACAACAACAAUUAAAAAUAGUCAACAAAUAAGAAAGAUUUCAACAUCACAAAUUGUACCAAUGAAAUCUUUAUUAUCACAAACUCAAACUAUUGUUGAAGUUGAUCCACCAAUUAAGGUUGAUCCAGAACAAUAUAAAUCGCAAUUAGUUACAUCAUUUAGAGGUAUUCGUGUUUUAAAUGCUCAAAUCUUUGCUUCAUUGGUUGAUAUUAAAUCUGAAUAUUUCUUUAAACCUUAUAAAGUUAAAAAUUUCUUUAAAGUUCAUAAACAUUUAACAAAUUCAAAUACAAGAUUAAGUAUGGCUCAAACUAUUUUAAGCAAACCAUUAAGUGAAAAAUUAUUAUUUGAAAUGGUAGUUGUAAAUCCAACAUUAAUUUUAAUAAUUCAAGAUUUAAGGAAAUUAAAUGAAAAUUAUAAUAAUAUUAUUAAUGGUAAACCGAUUGUUCAUGAAAUUGAACCAAAUGUUUUAAAUGAAAGAGUUAAAGAAUUAAUGGAAAUAAUUCAUAGUGUUAGAUUAAGUUUAUUAGAGAGAAAAAUAAUCUAUGAAUUAUAUCCUGAUAUGAUUCAAUUUGGUGCUUUUAUUUUUAUCAUUAUCGAUUUCCUCAAAUAUCAAAUCAUUACCUAUAAUCAUCUUUUGAAAUUAAAAUCUGAUAAAUAUCAUAGAACUAAAAAUAAUGAUAGUUUAGAGUUAAAAAAUGUUAAAAAAUAG